ACCGUUUCUCUUCUAUUACGCCACUUCCCUUCUCCGUGGCUUCGAUCGCUUGGAGGUGGCAUUUUAGGGUUACGUUAAGUGUUGCAUCUCCCAUGGCAGCGUCGGCGCCGGUGAAGUCAGGGAACGGGGCGGAGAAGCGAGCGAAGAAGGAGCCGAAGUUGCUUCUAGGCCGCUUCGAGGUGGGGAAGCUUCUCGGUGCCGGGACCUUCGCCAAGGUCUACGUCGCCCGCAACGUCCGCACUGACGAGCUCGUGGCCAUCAAGGCGCUGGACAAGGAGAAGAUCGUCAAGUGGGGGCUCGUUUCCCAAAUCAAGCGGGAGAUCGCCAUCCUCCGGCGCGUCCGACAUCCCUACAUCGUUCAGCUCUUCGAGGUCAUGGCCACCAAGACCAAGAUCUACUUCGUCAUGGAGUACGUCCGUGGCGGGGAGCUUUUCUCCCGCGUCUCCAAGGGCCGGCUCCGCGAGGACGCCGCCCGCCGAUACUUCCAGCAGCUCGUCUCCGCCGUCGCCUUUUGCCACGCUCGCGGCGUCUUCCACCGGGACUUGAAGCCAGAGAACCUUCUCGUCGACGAGAAUGGCGACCUCAAGGUCUCCGACUUCGGGCUCUCCGCGGUCGCGGAGCAGAGCCGCGGCGGGGACGGCCUGCUCCACACCUUCUGCGGCACGCCUGCGUACGUGGCUCCGGAAGUGCUUUCGAGAAGGGGCUACGACGGCGCCAAGGUCGACAUUUGGUCCUGCGGCGUCAUCCUCUUCGUCUUGACCGCCGGCUGCCUCCCGUUCCGCGAUUGCAACAUUGUGUCCAUGUACCGAAAGAUCUACAAAGGGGAUUUCCGGUGCCCGCGGUGGUUCUCGCCGGAUCUCAAACGGCUCCUCCACCGCCUCCUGGACACCAAUCCCCGAACCCGGAUCACCAUUCCGGAGAUCAUGGAGGACAAUUGGUUCAAGAAGGGUUUCCGCCAUGUCCAAUUCUACACGGAGGACGACCAGUUGCAUACUCUAGAAGACGCUUCCCAAAUGUCCCAAGGCGAUGCGGCAUCCCUCUGGGAAACCGAAUCCGAUUGUUCCAUCAUCUCUUGCGCCUCAUCAAUACUGUUGGAGGAGAAGAGGAAGAGGCCCCGGAUGUCGAGGCCGUCGACUCUCAAUGCGUUCGAUAUCAUUUCCUUCUCGAGGGGGUUCGACCUCUCGGGGUUGUUCGAGGAGACGGGAGACGAGACCAGGUUUCUCUCCCAGGAGCCAGUUUCCACGAUCAUAACGAAGCUAGAGGAGAUCUCCAAGGCGGUAAGCUUCACGGCGAGGAGAAAGGAUUGUCGAGUGAGCUUGGAAGGCACGAGAGGAGGAGGUGAAAUGGGGCCAUUGACGAUUGCAGCGGAGAUAUUUGAGCUCACACCAUCGAUCGUAGUGGUCGAAGUGAAGAAGAAAUCAGGGGACAGGGGAGCUUACGAGGACUUCUGCAACAAGGAGCUCAAACCCGGCCUGCGGCACCUCGUUUUGGAGCCAGAUUACAAUGCCAAAACUCUGUCUUAGCGAGCGCAAUUCAACAGCACUAGUAAUCACUCGGAAAGGGAACGUCUGGACUUUUUGUAUAUACAACUCGAUGAUCUUAGUUCUGGCCUUGAGGUUCGAUUUGAAUUUUUUACUUAUACAUAUCAUUGAAAUUGAACAGAACGACUAAGUUUUUCAUAAACGUAUGUUUGCAGAUAAAUUAGUAUGUUUUUUAUAUCUAUUUUUAAUUUAAAAAAUCAACCCGGCAUUGAAUCUGAAAACUUCACCUCGGAGCAAUCCCCAACUUUGACCACUAUGGCCGUGGCUUCUCCUGGACCGUCGAAGCCCACAUCCAUGAUAUGAGCCCAUCAUUGAUGACCAGAGUGUAGACCAUCUUCACC